UUAGUGGCUAGUAGAUAGAAGAAGAAAGAGAAAUAUUUAAAAAAUAGCGACAAUAUUUGAGCUGUAACAUUAGAAAAAAUUAUUCUUCCUACGCAGUGAGUGAUACUUGUACAUUUGCUUAGAUGUACAUCUCUCUUAGCUGCAAUGAAACAUAGCUAGAGCCCCUGGGAGCCGCCACUGUAUCAGACUACCCUGUUUACACUCUCUGAUGGUAUAGUCGCUCUUUAUAUUCAAUUAAUUCUCGCUUUACAUUACUUUUACAUUACUUUUACAUUUCCUUAGAUAUCUACCUCUCUUACCAUUGUAUAUCGAUAUAAUUAGCUCUAAUUAAACAUAGCUAGAGCCCCUGGGAGCCGCUACUGUACCAUCCUACCCUGUUUACACCCUGAUGGUAAAGUAGAUCAAACUAACCUGCCCAAUUCUGAUCAUUCCAGCGUCAUCUGCAGAUACCUCGUGGAACUUCGGCCUUGAUGUCGGCCAACAUCAUCAGGUCACGUGACAAUACUAUAUUGAUACGUGUCGACGAAGGGAGCCACGAUUCACUGCUCUGUGGCCAGUUGAGCUUACGCGGCGAGGUUUGCUCGUAUCCUUUCUUUAAUCGACUGUCCUCGCGGCUGUGUUGAUUCCAGACAUCACUGAGAAACAGCGUCGUCUAGAAUAGUCCUCAUCUCGGAUUCAAAAUGGGUUUCAAAUUCCUCGAGGUGAUAAAGCCGUUCUGCAGUAUACUCCCAGAAAUAGAGAAGCCACAGCGAAAGAUCCAAUUUCGGGAGAAGGUACUAUGGACCGCGAUCACGCUGUUCAUCUUCUUAGUAUGCUGUCAGAUUCCCCUGUUUGGUAUCAUGUCAUCGGACAGCGCGGAUCCCUUUUAUUGGAUUCGAGUUAUCCUUGCGUCGAACAGAGGAACCCUCAUGGAGCUGGGAAUCUCCCCUAUCGUUACGUCUGGUCUAAUCAUGCAGCUGUUGAGCGGUGCAAAGAUCAUUGAAGUUGGGGACACUCCGAAGGACAGAGCACUUUUUAACGGCGCACAGAAACUGUUCGGUAUGGUCAUCACUGUUGGCCAAGCCAUUGUGUACGUGAUGACUGGGAUGUACGGCGAUCCAACCGAGAUAGGAGCAGGAGUUUGUUUAUUGAUCAUUAUCCAAUUGUUCGUUGCUGGAUUGAUCGUACUGUUACUGGACGAACUUCUCCAGAAAGGAUACGGAUUGGGAAGUGGUAUCUCUCUCUUCAUCGCAACAAAUAUUUGCGAAACAAUUGUAUGGAAAGCGUUCUCUCCCACUACGGUUAACACUGGGCGUGGUACAGAAUUUGAAGGCGCUGUGAUUGCCCUGUUCCAUUUAUUAGCUACGAGGCAAGACAAAGUUCGAGCUCUUCGCGAGGCGUUUUACAGACAGAACCUUCCCAAUCUCAUGAACCUGCUGGCCACGGUCUUAGUAUUCGCUAUAGUGAUUUACUUCCAGGGCUUCCGCGUGGACUUGCCAAUAAAAUCUGCCAGGUACAGAGGCCAGUACAGCAGCUACCCUAUCAAGCUGUUCUAUACCAGCAACAUACCAAUCAUUCUCCAAUCGGCGCUCGUCUCCAAUCUCUACGUCAUCUCGCAAAUGCUGGCCGUCAAGUUCCAAGGAAACAUGAUCGUUAAUCUCCUGGGAGAAUGGUCCGACGUCGGCGGCGGUGGUCCAGCUAGAUCUUACCCCGUCGGAGGGCUGUGCUACUACCUGUCACCGCCAGAGUCCGUGGGACACAUCCUCCAGGAUCCUAUUCACGCCGUCCUCUACAUACUUUUCAUGCUCGGAUCUUGUGCAUUCUUCUCCAAGACGUGGAUCGAGGUUUCCGGAAGUUCAGCAAAAGACAUCGCUAAGCAAUUGAAGGAGCAACAGAUGGUGAUGAGAGGGCACAGAGACAACUCGAUGAUUCACGAACUGAACAGAUAUAUACCGACUGCUGCGGCGUUCGGUGGCCUGUGCAUCGGUGCCCUGUCCGUGUUGGCCGAUUUCCUUGGGGCGAUCGGCUCCGGCACCGGUAUUCUCCUCGCCGUCACGAUCAUAUAUCAAUACUUUGAGAUCUUCGUUAGGGAACAAAGUGAAAUGGGUGGCAUGAGUACGCUACUCUUCUAAUCUUCAUCCCCCAUAGACUUUAAAAGUGAACAUUUUUCAAUUCUCAAGAACUGAAUAAUAUAAUUUAUUGUAAAGUAAGCCCACACGACGCUGUUAACGACGUUGAUCAGUCGAGGGACUGGAAAUGAAAAGUCUUCGACACGAA